AUGACGACACCUCAGCAACUGCACACAAGCCACGACGCGUCCUGCGAGGAGGCGGAUGACAUCGUCAGCUUUGUGGUGGAGGAUGGCGCUCACACGCUCUACUUCUCGAAGCGGCGCCUGAUGCGGCACACGCCGUUUUUUAAAGCGUACUUCACGGCGCACGCGGCGGCUUCGAACAGCGACGCUGUCGGCAUCAACAACAAUACGGUAGUGCUGAAGCACGUGACGGGCGCUGCGGCGGAGGCUGCCCUGCGUCUCUGCCACAGUAAUCAGCACGGCGACGACGGCCCCUUCUGGGCGCUGCAGACGGCGUGUACGGAGGCAACGACGACAUCGGCGGUGCAACGGCGAGACGCGCUGCGUCACCUCCUGUCCCUGUACGAGGCGUGUGUAAAGUUCGAGCUGCUGCGGCACGCACACGUGGUGGGCGAUGCAUUGGCUGCCGCGGUGACGACGGCGACCGUGUUGGACGUGCUGAAGACGUGCGCGCGCUACACAUCUGCGCUGCCGCUUGGAGUGCGUGCGAAGAUCGGGCUGCGUGGGGUGCUGGCUGCGUGCCGGGCGUGCCUCCCGUCGGCGUGGGCGUGCAACAGGGAUGAGAAGCGAUGGCGGCGUCUGUGCUCGCAGUACCCCGAGCUGCCGGCGAUGCUGGAAGUGGAGGCGGCGGCGGCAACGGCGGAACAGAGCACCGAUACGGCCGUGGUGGAGCGGAGCGGGUUGCGGCAGGCCCUCCUGUCCCCGCAGCGGGACGGCGCGGUGAAAGCAACCAUUGAAUCAACGGCCGACCACCGCGGUGGCAGCAAUGAGACGGUCCGCUCGCCGCUGGAGGACGUCUUUGCGCACCACCUCCGGCAGACCGAAGCACUCGCGCUGGAGGCGCAGAUCCGGCGGCGUGAAAUGGAGGCGGAUGUCGCGGCGCUGCGUGCGGGCGGUGCUGCACUGCGUGACCGCGUGCGCGAGGACGAGGACGCAGCUGCGGAAUCGACACGGUACCUCAGCGAUGCGCGAGUGUACGUGCAAGCGCUGUGUGCGGCCGAGACAGACAUGCGUGCUCUCCGCACCGCGCUCGUGCCGGCGUCGUCUGCCAUGCAUGCGCUGCGGCACGAACUGGAGCGUGCGGCGGAGCGGGCAGAGGAGAGGCGCAGCGCGGUGGAUGAGCUGCUCGCGGCGGAGGAGGAUGCCCUUCGCGACUUGGACGAUGAACUUGCGAAGUUGCGGAGCGCGGACUGUUAG